GCACAUAUUAUAAAUGUUUUUGUGUAAUUGAGAAAUGAUGAACAAAUAAGAAACAUUUCCAUUUUCCUCAAAGUUUCUCACUUUCCUCAUUCGGUCCGAAUACAACAAGAGAUCUGUCGAAUUCUCAAUCUCUUUUUUAUAUCUUUCCACCAAAAGUUCUUUCCUUUCUUGCAUAUAUCCAUUGAUCCAACGUGUGUGUGUGUAUAUAUAUAUGUCCAAAUCGUGUUAGACGUUGGUUUUGCUCUGAGACACAAUGGUGGUUUCUCCGAGCUCGGAUUAUGGCGAUCGUACGGCCGAGAACUCGACGACUCACCAACUCGCCCACAAGUCGGGUCACGACUCGGCGAGUGAGGAGGGGAAGAAAACCGGGUUGGAGAAGGGGAAACGGGUCAGGGACUCGGGCAAGCACCCGGUUUACCGAGGUGUCCGAAUGAGGACGUGGGGCAAGUGGGUGUCCGAGAUCCGUGAGCCUCGGAAGAAGUCGAGAAUAUGGCUCGGCACUUUUCCGAAUCCGGAGAUGGCGGCGCGUGCACACGACGCGGCGGCGAUAAGCAUCAAGGGUGCCUCCGCCGUGCUUAACUUUCCGGACCUCUCCGGAUCUUUGCCCCGACCCGUUUCGCUUAACCCGCGGGACGUUCAGGCCGCCGCUCUAAAAGCCGCUCACAUGGAAACGACAUCGUCCUCCACUUCUCCGACGUCGUUUUCGUCCUCUCAGUCGUCUUCUUCGUUGGAGUCUCUCGUUUCGGCGAUUGACCUGUCUUCUUCGUCGUCGGGAACCGGGUCAGAGGAUCUCGGGGAGAUCGUGGAGCUGCCGAGUCUUGGAGCGAGUUACGACGGCUUGGCUCAACUCGGGGGUGAGUUCGUGUUCUCUGAGUCGGUUGAUUUCUGGGUGUAUCCUCCACCGUGGAUGCAGAGCUCGGAGGGAGAAUACGGGUACGUUAAUGGCGGAAUGCCCUUGAACCCUGGUUUCGACGGAGUCUUGUCAUCAUGGGAUCUCUAACGCCGUCUUUAAUGAUUACUGUAAUAAUGUGAAAGAGUUAUUGUGUGAUUAUUGUUAAUCUUGUACUUAAUCACUUUUUCUAAACCCUUUUACUCUUUGUGAUUUUUUUUUUUUUUGAUAAAAGGGUUGUCUUUUAUUUUGUUUGUGAGCUCCAUGAAUACGUGUACAGAACUGUAUUAAUGGGGCAAUUGCAAAAAUACCCUUAAAUGUCGAUUUCACU